AUGGUGUCCAAGUUGACAUCUCUCCAACAGGAGCUCUUGAGCGCCUUGUUAGAUUCCGGAGUCACCAAAGAUGUUCUGAUCCAAGCGUUGGACGAUAUCGACCCUAGCCGGAAUGGCUUUGGAGUUAAGUUGGAGAAUCUGCAGAUGUCUCCGCCAAGUUCUAAAAUCAACGGAAAUGAUUCGGAUUCGAAGCCAGUAUUUCUUACGUUGACCAAUGGGCACAGUAAGGGCAAACUGUCGGGAGAUGAGGGGUCCGAGGACGGGGACGAUUUCGAUACCCCACCGAUACUGAAAGAACUCCAGUCGCUUAACACUGAGGAAGCAGCGGAACAGAGGGCAGAAGUUGACCGAAUAUUAGCGUAAGUGAAUAUAACUUUAAAUGUUUAAUUCCACACAUUUAGGAAUGUUUAUUACCGAAUGAAUGUGUUGGGUAUUGGCUCAUAACCAAAAAAUUCUUGUUAUUAUGGAUAUGCCUACUUAUUUUAGAUGUAGGUGUCAUUUCAGUGCAUUUAAAGCGUUUUAUAUUUAACAUUGUCUGGCCAAUUAGGACAACAAUUAGGGUUAUCUGCCUGUUAAAUGUAUGUCUUCCAGAAGUCAUGUUCAGACGUGUUGUCCAUGAAAACUAUAGGCUACUUGCCUGACAGCAAAAUUCAGAAGUGUAUCUGCAUCGUGUCUGUAUUUUAGAAUGAUGACAAAAAAGUAUUUUAAUUUAAAUGUAAAGCGCGUGGCAAUAGGUCUCAAAGUUCCUUGUGUUUACAAAUGUAAAAUAUCGCGCCAGUAGUACUUUUCACGUUUUAGUUACUAAUUAUCCACACGGGUUAUUAUUUAUUUACCUAGCAAAAUAUCAACUAAGAGAUCUAUUUAUUAUUAACUUACUCGAUCUCUCUCACUUAGAUUAUAUCUGGCAAUGCAAGAAGAGAAAGUGAAUUUACAUAAAGGUAUUAGUUUAUAACGUAGGAUUCAAUGUUGCAGUAGAUAUAGGCUCUAAUAACAAUAAUAAUAAUAAUAAUAAUAAUAAUAAUAAUAAUUAUUAUUAUUAUUAUAUAAUGUUCUGGCGAAAUAUUGCAACAUUUCUUAAAGCAAAUAUUAUUUUGUUUUAUGAAUGUAGUCUAUAAAGGCCUUACUAUUUGUAUAUGUUGUUAUUGUCUUAAUUUAUCUUCUAAAAGCCAUUAAUAAAUGUUAAUUCAUUACGCUAGUAACAUGAUCAACUGGCCAGCAGAAAAUCAAAACUAACCCACGUGUAGUUAAGUUAUUAUUAAUUGUAUUCUAUAAAUCAUCAACUGAAAGUAUACACAGUGUCGAAUGGUUAGAGUGAAUGGAGAUCUGGUUAUUCAUUGUCGAAAGUUAAAAACCAACAUCUAAACCAAUGUAUAAACCCGCAGAUUUAGUUCUCCAAAACAAACAGUUGUGUGUAGAAGUCAAUACCCAUGUGAAGUCAAUACUUAAUCAGAGAUGACUGUGAUGGUAUAGGCUAAGUGUAAUUUUACUGUUAUCUUUUAGAGCACGCUGCGCAUAUAGGCUAGGCCUUUUAAGUCGUUUGAAAUGUAUAUUUUUCUUAUCGACAUAAAGCGGUUGUCAUCGAUGGGUGCAAUUUCAAUUGUGUUUAUUAUUGAUAUAAUUGAAGCAUUGGAAUAAUUCAAAUGAUUUUACCCCAUGGGCAAAUGUAUUCUUCGAUAAUUGAAUUCAAUUUCGGAUGGAAGCCUUGAACUGAUCAAUUUCUUAAAUUUAUUAUCAAUGUAUUAUCAAUUUCCUACAUUUAACCAAACAACAUGAUUUUAUUCUACCAAAUCACCUAUUUAAUUUAUUUGAUUCAUACUCGAUUAUGGGAUUAUUUCGUCCGAAUUUGAUUAGGCCUAUUGUCCAAAUGGGAAAAUGUAGGCUAUAAUGUCAGUGUGUGUCAGACUCAGCUGACAUAAAAUACUGCACUUCUAAACCAAUGUACCCUAGGUCUAUCCUAUUCGUGCAGAGUUUAGAUUAUUUGCUAGCCUAAUUUGGUAACAUUUGCCAUAUAUUUCUCUAUCCAAUAUCCUUGAUAUCUCACAUCCGCUAUGAAAUAUUGACGUUUCAAAAACGGUGGAAAAGUUAUAGGCCAAGGUCUAGGAUUUUGAUUUUCUAAUUUCUCAGUGUUGCCUCUUAGCUACAGUCAAAACACUGAAUUGAAAAGAGGCCUGAUUCUGAGUAUUUUCAGGUUUCUGAUCCUAUUAUGAAAUCACCAGUGUUGGAAAAAGUACCCAGAAGUCAUACUUGAGAAAAUGACUCAAGUAAAAGUGAAAGUCACCCAGUAAAAUACUACUUGAGUAAAAGUCUAAAAGUAUUUGGUUUUAAAUAAAAAGUAAAUGUAAUUGCUCAAAUAUACUUAAGUGUAAAAAUAUAAAUCGUUUCAAAUUCCUUAUUAAGCAAACCAGACCGCACCAUUUCUUGUUUUUAUUUAUUUACGGAUAGCCAGGGGCACACUCCAACACUCAGACAUAAUUUACAAACAAAGCAUGUGUGUUUAGCGAGUCUGCCAGAUCAGAGGCAGUAGGGAUGACCAGGGACGUUCUCUUUAUAAGUGCAUGAAUGUGACCAUUUUCCUGUCCUGCUAAAUAUUCAAAAUGUAAUGAGUACUUUUGGGUGUAAAGGAAAAUGUAUGGAGUAAAAAGUACAUUAUUUUCUUUAGGAAUGUAGUGAAGUAAAAGUAAAAGUAGUCAAAAAUAUAAAUAGUAAAGUACAGAUACCCCUAAAACUACAUAAGUAAAGUAUUUUUACUUAAGUUCUAUACACCACUGGAAAUCACCCAGUUGAUUUACACCAGCUCAAUGAAAUCAGUAACCUUUGAAAGUAUUUACAUCCUAUUGAAUAUAAAGAUUAACGGUCGUUUAUUAGGAUACUUAACAAUUGUCCCAACCCCCCCAAAAUACUUAAACUUGGGACCUUGCGAAAGAGGGAUAACAUCAGGCGAAGAAGUCCGAGAGAAAUACGAAUAGAAUAAACCAAGGGAAAUAAAUGCUCGUGCUGUAGAGUUAGGAAUUUAUUUGGCCGAUGAAUAAUACAUUAGAUUAGCAGUGCUAUUGGUGUGAGUGUUAUGGCCUAUAGCCUAGGAGUUGGUGCUAAUAUAGCACCAACACUUAUAGGCCAGUAUACACAUAACACUAUUAGGCUAUUAAUAGAAUGAAUAACAUUUAUUUAGCAAGGUGAUGUGAAUAUUUUUGUUAUGUGUUUUAUGUAACUGCAGUGAGGACCCGUGGCGUGCCGCCCGCAUGAUCAAAGGCUACAUGCAACAGCACAACAUACCACAGCGCGAGGUGGUGGACGUAACCGGGCUAAAUCAGUCUCACCUCUCACAGCACCUCAACAAAGGCACGCCCAUGAAAACUCAGAAGCGAGCGGCGCUCUACACCUGGUAUGUCAGGAAACAGCGGGAAGUUCUCAGACGUAAGUUAAUAUUUUAGUUUCUCACACAGCCUUCGAUACAGUUAGAGGCACACAGGCGUGUUGGCCUGGGUGUGUUGGCCUGGGUGUGUUGGCCUGGGCGUGUUGGCCUGGGCGUGUUGGCCUGGGCCAUCCACAACACAAUUUGCAUGAAAAUAAAUGUCUUAUCGCGGCUCUACAUAUGGUCAGAAUCAUAUUCCAGUAAGCCGAUGCCUCAAAUGUGUCUGAUUUAUCAUUAGGGCCUAGGCUACAUACUGUAUUGUGCAAUUGUCCCUCAUUCAAUUAUGUCUUAUUUCUUCUUAUUGUCUUAUUGGUUUAUUUUGUAUCCAUUCCCCCCAAUACAAUGUUUUUAUGUGACAUGAGAUGUAUCAAUGUACCUUGUUCUUAUUUUUCAGAAUUCAACCAGGCAGUGCAAGGUUCUGGCAGCAAUAUGACCGACAAAGGAGGUCAGGAUCAGGUGCUGUUUUUCUUCCCAGAGUUUAACCCUCCUGGUCAGGGUAUGGGGCCACAAGGGGAGGAGGUGGGCUCUGAACCCUCCUGCAAGAAAAUGAGACGGAACCGUUUCAAAUGGGGGCCUGCGUCCCAACAGAUCCUCUACCAGGCCUAUGAAAGACAGAAGAACCCCAGCAAAGAGGAGCGGGAGACGCUGGUGGAGGAGUGCAACAGGUGAGCGGAGGAGGCUUUGGAGAAUGAGAAAGUUGCACCUUUUGGGUUGCCUCCCAAAUGCCACCCUAUUACCUAUUUAGUGCACUUGUGCCAAUAUGGCUCUGGUCAAAAGUAGUGGACUAUAUAGGGAAUAGGGUGCAAUUUGGGAUACAGAUUUGUUCUCUCAUUGAAUAAUUGAAUGUUUGGCACCUCUUAUUUGAUACUAACUCCAUCAUUACUGCAGCGUAUGGACCUAGCUUAGAAUGAUUUUGACAGGUUUUAAUGUCUCUCUUUGUUUACACUGUCCAACUAUCAUUCCAAUGCAACUAUCAUUACAUUUUCCUUUUGUUCUUUUCCAUUCUAUUCCAUUGAUACUAUUUCAAUCUCUCCUCCUAUAGGGCUGAGUGUCUCCAGAGAGGGGUGUCUCCAUCUAAAGCUCAUGGGCUGGGCUCUAACCUGGUCACUGAGGUACGGGUCUAUAACUGGUUUGCCAACCGUCGUAAGGAGGAGGCCUUCCGUCAGAAGCUGGCGAUGGAUGCCUACCCCAUACCCACCCACAGCAUGAACCCUCUCCUGUCUCACAGCCACAGCUCCCCACAUCACCACAGCUCCCAGACCAGCACAUCCCCCCCUAGUAAGAUGCAAGGUAGCGUCUCCACACCACAUGCAUACCACAGUACAUUACUAUGCUAUUAUAUCUAAUAUAAUACUACACAACAAUGGAAUCAUCAUCAUGUGGUCUUUCCUUUUGCUGUACCUGUCCCAGCCAUGAUCUGAGUGCCUUUAAUCACUAUGGCAUCUUGAUCAGGGACAUGCCUUUGACAGUUAGAAGAACAAUGGUUGGCAAAAUAUUUGGAGGAUUUUAUUUCCAUCCCCAAGCGAGAGUGAAAAGAGGGAGAGAGAAGAGAGAGGGCAAGUGAUCAAUAAGAGUGACUGAGGGAGCUGAGCAAAUGUCAUUGUUAUUCUGAUCUUUAAAAACACACUGAGAACAAUCCACAUUGUACCUGCAAUCUCCACUCUAAAGUCAGCAGGCAGGCAGGCAGGAGCAGGAUAGUGGCACAAAGAGCAGCAGUCCUGUGACAGGCCAGGGUCAGGGCAGGGUCACGGAGGGAUUCAGCACUUGCUGAACCUACAACCACUACUUCCACAUUCAUAAAAGCAUAAGGUCGGUCGGUUGCUGGUGACUUUUUGGGGAAUCAACAAAGUUCCUGAAGUUGUAAAUGGGAAAUCCAACGAACUGACCGUUUGAAAUCAUAAUGCUGUUUGCACUCUGUCUACCUUGGCCUCUAUAAGACAUCCAAUGGAGAUGAUAUCUUGGCAUAGCAUUAUCCUCAGUGCCAUCGCUCACAACCAUAAAAGCAAUGAUUGGAGAAACUCAAUCAAAGCCUCUUGUUGUCCUUUCAUGUUAGAACACGAGGUCAUCUCUGUAGAAAAACAAACCGUUUGCCUCGGGUUGCUCUUUUACCUUUGGUUAUACUGGGCCCAUUAGCCCAUGCUCUGUUUGCUUGUGGUUUUUCCCAGCACACCUGACCAGGCAUUGACCUCAGGUUGCAAUGUGAGGAGGUAGGUUCAAUGGUAGGCUUGUGUGGAGGGGAGGGAGAAGGGGCUGUUGUAGAGGGAGAGGGUAAGGUUCAGAAGCGGAAGAUACUUUGCUCCCCCUAGCCCUUCGUUGCCUGCUUACAAGGUGUCCUGCCGGCGUCCUGCCGACAGCAUCAGCUGUUUUUCAGUGUCAGCCCCUGGCCUGACAAUAGCACCUCAGCAGGCCGCCUCAUCGCGUUGCUAGGCCACGGCCUGUAUUAUGCAUGCUUAAUGGUCAAUUAAAAUCCUUGGCUACUACAUCUCCCAGGCCUUCGAUAUGGUGCUCCCCUGACUUCUCCUCUCUAUACCCCAGCCUGGCAGGGGUCCCUAUUGUCUGUGGUGUAUUAGAAGACUGCAGUGACUGUAACCUAGGUUCAUUUAUCUCUGCUGGGCCUUGGGGAGGGCCUGUUUUAAAGCCCCCCUCACCUUUAUGGGAUGUCAGCAUAGAGGCCGAGGGAGGCUGGGGCUGGGCGCUCUGCAGACCAGAGCAGCAGGAGCUGUCCUCUGGGGUAUUGGCUCUGUUCUGGCCAGACAGGACUGAGGACCCCUUGUGCUCCAGCCUAUAG